AUGGGGAACACCGAGGAGAAAAGCCCACCCGAACCUGCUGAAGACGGAGAGGGUAAUGAAGAUGUGGAUCGUUUCUGGAAGCAGUGGAAUGUCAACUUUGAGGGUAGCCUUCGUUGCUUUCAGUACUACUUGAAAGCACAAACACACAAGCCCGGCGAGGGCCCUGGCGGUGUCUCUUUAAUUGUGCAUCCACAUACUGGUGACCUUGCCUGCAUCCAAUGGGCAGUAACAGGGAAGACUGGCCGGGUAGCUGACGUGGACGACAACAACUACCUGAAGUGCAUAGUGCCAGUCGGCCCAAAGCGAGUUCCUUUGGAUCUUGAAGAGGCCCAGAUUCUUAUUCCUGCCGCCGGGGCAUUUGCUUUGCGGGAGCGACGAACUGCAAUGGAAGCUAGGCGAUCCAAAGUGGACUUGAAUCGUCUACCUGAUGACCUGCUCCGCUUCAUGGAGAUGUGGCGGGCGUCCAACAGUCUCAGCCCAAUGGCUGAAAAUUGCUUUAUUUGCGGUGCAGCAGAGUUGUCAGCUUGUCCAACUAGCGUCGAAAACGAGGUUGGUGAAGAGUUGACUCAGACUCAGCUGGCGUUGUGCCCCAUGUGCUUGCUUUGCAGUCAUCCACAGUGCUGCUGGCAGCUUUCCUGUGACAGUGGACAACAUAUGAGACCAUUGGAUAAUACUCUGGAUCUGGAGGACGCUGUGUUCUCUUUGCAGCAGCUGGAUAUGGAAGGUCAAAUCAACAUCAGCCGGUCCUUCUGGGUCUAUGUAGCGUACCCCGGCAUUUUGCCGGGCUGGGUGCAGGUCCAAGAACUGAUUGGUUUUGUGGUUCUGGUCAAUUGCCCGCAACUGGUGCCAUGGGAAAGCCGGGUGUGUGGCGCUGGCAUUGAUUUCCAGGUCCAAGAAGCAGAGACAAAAGAGCAAACCAAUUGCGCAAUUGGCUUCAAUGAUGCCUGCCAAUUUGCCAGUGAUCAAAAAAAGAAGCGCCGCAAGCGGGGCCGGGAGCACUGUGUUCCUGAAACGGCGGUGGUCAGCGAGGAACCUGACGAAGAGGAAGGCCCCCUUGCACGAGUGCCACGUCCAGAUCUGCGUUUGCCACGACCACGACCAAGGGAGAUGACCUGUGGCCAAUCGGGACAAUCUCAUUGGGAGUGUGAAUAUGCUCCUUGUGAGGAUGGGUCUGAUUUUGAGAUGGAGGAUGUGGAUGAGGUUGCAGAGGCAACCGUGCAUACAGAUGAGCUUCAAAGCCAGAACCUGAACUCCGACCAUGGCGAGGCACCAAAUGAUGAUUGCGUCUUGGAGAAGGAGUGUUUGUUCAAAGAAGUGCAAGCAGUUUUGGACGUUGAUCUACAGGUUUCUCACAGACAUGGGUUCCCUUCAAUACUUGACUACCUGAAGGAGCAAGGCGAGGUUGAUGCUGAUAUCCCAAACAAGCAGGACAGCCUCAAGAGCCAGACCGGUGACAACAUCAGCGCCAAUGAGGCGAAGGUGAAUGAUAUCUCGACUGGCACUCGAAACUCCACGGGCCCUACGGGUGGCACAAACACUACUACGACUACGGCGGCUGAAUCUCCAGUAAGAGCAACAACAGCCUUGGAAUCAAGUUCAUCAUCCAGUAUGCCCCAGCCCCAGCGCCGCACCCUCAGCCAAGAGCUGGGUGUGUUGGUCGAGGCCGCCCAGGCCACCAUAGAGGAGGAGGAGGAAAAGAAUGAGUCUGAGAAACAUUCCCUGAGUGGCUGUGACGGUGGUACUCUCAGCACGGACCAGGGCCAGGGCCAGGGCGAGGUGGAUAAGAUUGAGAGGAUGCAGGAAGCUUCUGCCACAGCCACAGACGCUGCCAUGAGUGGGGAAUCUACUCUAGUUCAGCGCUCGUUUGAUGAGCAGCAAGACCCAAAUGCAGGAGGAGAGCCUCAGCCUUCUGCAGAGUUUGCAGAGCUCAAGCCGCCCAGCAAAGCAUGCAAGCCUGCUGGGUGCAAGGUGGAAAGCUUGAAAGAAGCGUUUGAUUUCUGGGACAAUUGCUUUGAGGUCUUAUGUCAUGGACUGAGCGAUGAGGCUUCUGAGGAGGUGCUGGGGUCCCUUGCAAACACUUUGCAGGAGGAUUCCUUGUCCACUGCGUUCAGUGGAGUGAGAUCUCCAGAGACAGCCGCCAAUGUGCUGCGGUUUCGACUUGGUCAACGACUUGGCUAUGAGAUCAAGAACAACAACGGAAAGUUAGGACACAUGGUGGAGUGGGACAAAAGCUGUCAACAAGAAUGCUUGCUAGCAGCAUCAGUUGAGGGCAGCUGCCUUUUUGGUGACAUCAACCAGUUCUAUCGACCAGAGCUGCAAGAGACUGUGCUUCCACAGCUGAUGAAGAAGCCCGGUGUGGCUGUCCAAACUUUGACUCCGUUGAUCCUGUCUGGCCGAGCAGUUGUCACUUCAGGAAAUUGCCUUUACCAUGGCAAGGUGUGUCCAAUGCGAACGUGCCAGCGUGCACUUCAGGAGAGCGACAUCUCUCAGGAGAACGUGGUCGAUUUUCCGGUUUCCUUGGCCAACCAGUACUACUAUCUUCACCACUACCAGGACGAUGCCGAUGUCACUCUGCCAUUGGAUGCCGAGCUGAAGGCGGAGUUGGAGUGGGCACAGAGCCGCCCGCAAAGCCAAGCCUACCAGCAACCGGCUUUGACUCUUGAUUCUGACAACCCGUUUGAAAGAAGCUUGACCUUCGCAGAGGAACGAUUCCGCUCUUCAUACCAAAACAUCAAGCCUGGCCAAGCUUGGCAACUGAACCAAAAUCCGGAUGCUGGAUUUGGAUCAUCCAGUAGUGAGCAGUGCUUGUGCACACUGAUCUCCAACGUGCACAUGCUGUACACAGAACGUGCUAAAUCGGGAAAGCUCUUGGGGGUUGAGCCUGGGUCAAAGCUCGACUUUGAUUUGUAUGACCCAUCCCAUAAGUUGGAAGACCUCUUUGGCAACUUGGGAGGAGCAGCCUUGCUUGAACGCAUGUUGCUCUGGUACCAGGAGGAUGAGAUUGAGACCCUGCCAUGGUUCAGCAGCGCCGACGGCGCUCGACUACGCAGCAUUUUGCGCUCACCCUUUUCGAGGGAACUGCAAGAAUCUACCAUCGCACCUGCCUUGAUGAAAUGGCGCACUUCGGAGAAGAAGUACCCGCUCCUUGCCCUGGGGUUCAAUCAUCGGGCUGAGAGCUUCUACCGCGCGGCAAGUGAUCAGCCUGACAAUGCCAAUGUAAAAGAUUGCUUGGCACGUGGCCUGAAGAAAGUGCGGGUAUUGCAUUGGCAAACUCCUGAUGUUGUACAGCAGAAGAUCGUGACCCUCUUGAACCAGUUCCAUGAAGGAUCAGGAGAAAACCACUACGAUGUAAUGCAAGAGGCGUUGCGACUAGAAGCCGCAUGGCGAGCAGAGUGUGUCACUACGAAGCUCAACAGCUACAACCCUAGGUACCAAGCCGCGUACGAGGAGUUCAUUCUGCAGAAGAGCCAAACAAGUGAUUACUCUGGUUUUUUCCGGGCAAAACAGCCAUACUAUGCGGCACUCAGCUUGGCACACAACUUGAUGACACUGAACAUGUACCCGAGGGUGGAAGCGUGGGGCAUGCAAUCGAUUGAUUUCUUAGACAGCUCCUACCAACCACAGACUGUGGUGCCGGUUGCCACGACGAACGUGACUGCGGCGGCAAAGGCUUCUGGGAGAAGCUUGACCUUUGUGUUUUCCAAAGGUGGGGCCGAGAACAGCAAGAUCAUGAACCUCAUCAAUUUACCCAUGGCUGGCAGUGCUGUUGUGCGGAAAAUGGCAAAGGGUGCUGAUACAUCAACGACUGGCAAAGGUGGUGUUGGUGGCGGAGGUGCUUCUGCUCCCAAGCCAAAGCCAGUGGACGUCACCCUUCAAGUCAAGAAGGAAUUGUGCUCGGUUAGUUCUUUGGGAAUACAGCUGAAACCCGGAGAGCUGAAAAAACUCUUGAUGGAUCAGAGGUUGCAGAAACCUGAGAUGGAGGUUGAGGCUCUGGACAAAGAUGCUGCUGGUUGCGUCGAGCCCAAGAGUUCCGGCGGUGACAACAGCAGCAGUGAGAAGAAUGCUAAGCGUCAGAAGACAGGCAAGGUCCAGCAAAAGAAAUGUCUCUUCAAAGGGUACGAUGACAAAGAGAAAGCAAGUUUCAAAACUGUCAUCACUACUCCGGCUGGGGAGACUCGCGAACUCACGGCAAUGGACAACGUGAUUCAGGCUUUGGACCAUGUGCUUGAUUGGCUCGUCGAAGCCAAGGUGCUCUCAGAAGCGGACAUCAAUAGUGAGAGGGUCAUGACUACGUACGGGUUCUGCGCUUCGCUAUUCUUCGAGUUUGCAUGGACUGGCAAAGUUUGCGUCAAUGGCAAGGAGUUUCGCCAAUACAGCAGUUUGAGGCCUGAGCUCCAGCAAACUUUGGCCACGGCGAAUGAGCAACUCAGUUCACCCUUUGAAGAUGGGAGCGGCCCCUCUGGUUCAACAACGGAGUCAAAGGUGGUCAACCCCUUGGAAUUAGCGGCAAUCCUUUGCAAGUCCUUCCUGGACAAGCCUGUCACUGCCGUGAUCUGGGAUGUUUCAGAUGAGCCUGAGGAGCAAACAGUAAAAAACAUUGCUGAAGCCAUGCAGAACAAGGAUCAGAUCAAAAAAAUCAAGGAGUUCAUUGGUUCCACCUUACAUCUUCCGAUCAUCAUGCAUUCGAGCGCACAAGAUGCUAUGCAGCAGAUCUUCUCUCUAUCAUCCUCAAGCAGCCUAAAGUUGGUUGACAUUCUUUCGGUCAUUUGCACCUCCAUCAAUGAGCACAUCUCACCAUCAUGGUGCGGGCUUGGGUUUGACGUGGCCACAGCCUAUGCUGACAGGGGUCACUUUGUGGAAGACACUGACAAGGUCUUUGGCACUGUGGACAACCUGCGGUCAUUUGUGAGCUUGCGCCUAAGAUACAUGCUGGCUAUCCUGAAGGAGACCCUGCCGAAGCGGGCUGUUGCCGACGUACCGGCGGAAAGGCAACAAAUUAUCCUGAGUCUUGUCGGGCUUGAUUCCAACGAGUCACAAUCCGAGUUUGAAUCCCUCGUGAUCUUUGACUUAAUCCAGUUUGCUAGGUCCUGGGCGAGAGAAUGGUCGCAGCUUCUCUUGAAAGUUCGUAGUGUGGCUCAUGCAGCUCAACUCAUCCGUGCAAUGUCCAAUGACAAAAGUGAUGCUGGUGCUGGUGUGUCUCAGUCUGCUGAUUCUGCGACCAAAGCUCAAGAGAGCAAGAUUCAGAGCAGACUAACCGAGAGAGCAUUCCAAGCAGUUGGCGGCAGCCUCCCCUCAGCAAAAGCAGCGAAAGAAGGACGAUGA